AUGAGAAUGAACUACUAUCCCCCAUGUCCAGAACCAGACCUUGUGAUUGGCCUGAAGCCCCAUUGUGAUUGUCCAACUCCCAAUGCUUUUAUCAUCAACAUUGGAGACAUGUUGGAGAUUGUGACCAAUGGGAUUUACCCAAGCGUAGAGCAAAGGGCAACUAUUAGCUCGACGAAAGAGAGGCCUUCUAUUGCCCCCUUCCACAACAGAGAGUUUGAUGGAGAGUUAUGUGCUGCAGGCAGCCUUGUCACCCCUGAAAUCUAA